AUGCUUCUUUUCUCUCUUUUUCUUCUCUUCUUUGGUCACUUCGGAGCUUGUUAUGCUACUCCGACCAGCUCGGGAACGACUGCAAAGCUGGUCGAGCGCGAUGGCAUCAUCUAUCAUCAAUUCCAGGACCGCUCCACUAAUUCAACCAUCGAGGUCGUGAAGAAUUCCGGAAUUUGCGAGACCACGCCCGGCGUCAACACUUACUCGGGAUAUUUCUCCGUUGGUGAGGGGAUGAACAUGUGGUUCUGGUUUUUUGAAGCCCGCAACAACCCCGAGACUGCUCCAUUGGCUACCUGGUUCAAUGGUGGCCCAGGAUGCUCUAGCAUGAUCGGUCUUUUCCAGGAGAAUGGCCCCUGUCAGUUCUAUGACGGCGAUCACGAGCCGAAGCUAAACCCCUACAGCUGGAACGAGUAUGCAAACAUGCUGUACAUCGACCAGCCUAUUGGAGUCGGUUUCUCCUACGGCGUGGAUACGGUUGUUUCAACUGAUACUGCUGCCAAGUAUGUUUGGAAACUCAUUCAAGCGUUCUACGGUCAAUUCCCAGAGUAUAAAAGCCGUGAAUUUGCUAUUUGGACGGAAUCAUACGGAGGCCAUUAUGGUCCAGGUUUCGCAGAUUACGUGUUAAAGCAGAACCUAGCUAUCAAGCAGGGAAAGGUGUCCGGUGAGGAGAUUAAUCUGGUCGCGCUCGGCGUCAACAACGGCUACACAAAUGCUCCCGACGUCUACAAGUCAUAUAUUGAUUAUGCGCUGGUGAAUCCUUAUCGCCCUUUGAUCACUCCGGACCAAGCUGCCGAAUACUAUGCAGACUACUACGCGGCCUGUCUUCCUGCCCUCAAAGAGUGCCCGAGCCCGACUGGCGGAGACGCCGCCUGUAUCGCUGCAUCCGCAAUUUGCGCUGAGCUGAUCGAAUCUCCCAUCGCAUCUACUGGUAACUUUGAUGUAUAUGAUGUGCGGGCCCCCUCUAAUGACCCUAACCCACCUAAGACCUAUAGCAAGUAUCUUUUGCGCCCAGAUAUUGUUAAAGCAAUUGGUGCUCGCUCGUUGUAUCAAGAGUGUCCCACGACUGCCUAUGCGCUAUUUUCGGCUACUGGAGAUGAUUCCCGUUCAUAUCUCCAGCAGCUUAGCGAUGUUGUUCAAUCUGGCGUGAGAACAUUGAUGUGGGCAGGUGACGCUGAUUGGAUCUGCAACUGGCUGGGUUACAAGGAAACUGCCGACAAGGUAUCCUACAGUGGCCAUGAUGAGUUCGCUGCAAAAAAGCUCGUUGAAUAUACCAUCAAUGGAACACAGAAGGGAACAUACAAGACGGUCCACAAUCUUUCAUACCUACGUGUCUUCGAGGCCGGCCACGAGGUUCCCUUUUACCAGCCCGAACUCGCGUUGCAAGUUUUCAAGCAGACCAUGCAAGGAAAGUCUAUCUUUUCGACUUGA